UGAGGAGGGGGGAGGGUUGCGCUGCGCUGCCCACAAAGGCUGUUUUCGGGGGCGCUGGGCUGGGCUGGCGGCCGCCGUGCUCCUCCUUCUGCCUCUUCCUCGUUGUCCCCGCGGCGCCGGGCGCGCUGCAGCGGCUGCCCCGCACCGCCUCUGCGGCUCCCCGCGCCCAUCAUGGCUGCGCCAGCCGGGCCCCGAGCCCCCCGGCCCCCGGCCCUCGUCUUUCUCCUGUUCCUGCUGCUGCUGCUGGGCAGCUGCGGGACCAGCCUGCCCCCGGAGCCCCCGCCGCCGCCGCCUCCGCCGAGCGCCGAGCCUCAGCCGCUGCCCGAGUCGGCGCUGCAGAAGCCCACCGUGCUGCUGGCCAUCAUCGCCCGCAACGCCGCGCACACGCUGCCCCACGUCCUCGGCUGCAUCGAGAGGCUGGACUACCCCAAGAGCAGGAUCGCCCUCUGGGCAGCCACUGACCACAAUAUUGAUAACACCACAGCAGUCCUUAGAGAGUGGCUGAAAAAUGUGCAGAACCUCUACCACGAUGUGGAGUGGAGACCUAUGGAAGAGCCACAGUCUUACCCAGAAGAAAUUGGGCCCAAACAUUGGCCGAGCUCCCGAUUCACUCACGUGAUGAAACUCCGUCAGGCUGCCCUGCGUGCUGCACGGGAGAAGUGGUCAGACUACAUCCUGUUUAUUGAUGCAGAUAACUUGCUGACCAACCCACAAACCCUGAACCUGAUGAUAGCAGAAAACAAGACAUUAGUGGCACCGAUGCUCGAGUCUCGCUCUCUCUACUCCAACUUCUGGUGUGGCAUCACCCCUCAGGGCUACUACAGAAGGACCUUGGAUUAUCCCCUGAUCCGGGAAUGGAAGAGGACAGGCUGCUUUGCUGUCCCCAUGAUUCAUUCCACAUUCCUCAUUGACUUAAGGAAGGAGGCCUCCACCAAGCUGACAUUCUACCCCCCUCACCAGGACUACACCUGGAGCUUCGAUGAUAUCAUGGUCUUUGCCUUCUCCAGUCGUCAAGCAGGCAUACAGAUGUUCGUCUGCAACCGUGAGCACUAUGGUUUCCUUCCCAUGCCCCUGAAAUCACACCAGUCACUGCAAGAGGAAGCAGAGAACUUUGUGCACACGCUGAUUGAGGCCAUGAUUGAUCGCCCUCCUGUUGAACCCUCUCAGUAUGUCUCUGUUCCGCCGAAGAACCCUGACAAGAUGGGAUUUGAUGAAAUCUUCAUGAUCAACCUGAAGCGCCGGAAAGACAGGCGGGAUCGGAUGCUGCGCACUCUCUAUGAGCAGGAGAUUGCAGUCAAGAUAGUGGAGGCUGUGGAUGGAAAAACACUGAACACAAGCCAGCUCAAGGCUCUCAGCAUCGAUAUGCUCCCAGGUUACCGGGACCCCUACUCCUCCAGGCCGCUAACCAGGGGAGAGAUUGGCUGCUUCCUUAGUCACUACUACAUCUGGAAGGAGGUGGUGAACAGAGAACUGGAGAAGACACUUGUUAUUGAGGACGACGUGCGCUUCGAACACCAGUUUAAAAGGAAGCUGAUGAAGCUGAUGGAUGACAUUGAACAAGCCCAGCUAGACUGGGAGCUUAUCUACAUUGGCCGGAAGAGGAUGCAGGUGCAGGAGCCUGAGAAAGCUGUUCCCAAUGUCAUGAACCUGGUGGAAGCUGAUUACUCCUACUGGACCCUGGGCUAUGCCAUCUCUUUCCAAGGGGCUCAGAAACUCAUCGGAGCUGAGCCCUUCAGCAAGAUGCUGCCUGUAGAUGAGUUUCUGCCAGUCAUGUACAACAAACACCCUGUAACCAAGUACAUGGAGUACUACGAGUCCAGAGACUUGAAAGCCUUUUCAGCAGAGCCCCUGCUUGUUUACCCCACCCACUACACAGGCCAGCCAGGCUACCUCAGUGACACAGAGACCUCUACCAUCUGGGACAACGAGACCGUGUCAACGGACUGGGACAGAACACACUCGUGGAAGUCGCGGCAGCAGGGCGAGAUCCACAGCGACGCCCAGAACAAGGAUGCUCUGCCUCCCCAGUCCUCCCUCAACACGCCGUCCUCCAGGGAUGAGCUAUGACUGCCCACUUCCCCAGGGCUCUGCUGACAGAUGAACCUGCCUCACACUUUAGCUUUUCACCCUUGAAAGUUGUAGAGCAGCUCUUCAUGUGGUCUCCUUCCCGCUGCUUCCAACGGCAAAGUGCCGCGGUCGGACCUGACAACAAAGCGAGCCCCUUAGGACUGGGUGGGAGAUAAGGAGGAAGAAGAACAAGUGCUGCAGACUGUGCUGGCAUGCAAAAAGGCAGAGAUCUGAACAAGAAGAGAUCUGAACAAAAGCCCUCACAAGCUUUUGAGAAGAGCCAGCCUUGACCGACGUCUUUCUACAGUUGCUGCUGUAGAAUACUGUAUUUAUAAAGAUUAAUAUAUAGAGGUGUACAAGUGUUAAUGCCUUGCUGGGUAGCUGUAACUGGGCUAACUCUUGCUCCUUGUGGGGUUGUAGGCUUCUAGAACCCUCUUCCCAGGGUACAACUGCGUUUGGGUCACUUGGCUUUGUUUUCCAAAGGGAUGCCUGUCAGAAUCAGGCUGUUUCCAAAGCUCUUCUAUGCAUUGGAGCGGUGCUCCUCUACUGUGUCUUCUCCCUCGGCAUGCUUCCAGAGUUUCCCUCCACAGACUUCUUGAUCCCCUCCUAAAUAGGGCUCUCAGUCCAGAACUGAUGUCUUGGUAUGGCUAAAGUCUUGGAAGCUGGCAGAGAAAGUGGAGUUUGCUGGGUUUUUUUUGUCUCUGCACUGCCUGAAGGGAACUCAGGCAGAGUUAGUCUGUGUCACGUCCCUGCUUCACCCCCUGCCUCAACCUGCUCCUUGAAGAGAACAAAGCUUGACAACCUGUUUGCAGGCCUGGUUAAUUAGGCCAUAAACCCAAGUGCAGGACUUCUAGGAACUUCAAAUCUAAAAAGUUUGAUUAUGAACUGCUUGACACUCUCCUGGUAAGAACAAAACAACCCCCAGCAGUGUUCACUGCAGUUAACCUUGUCAGCUGUGCUGGUCUUGACAGCCUUGGCACAACUGUGCAUUACAGGACAAAAAGGCAGCUUGCCUGGAUAGAUUUUUUUCAUGUGAGGAGCAAACUUCUCUCUCUCUUAUCUAUUUUGGGGUGAGCUGCAUCUGGCUAACACAUCAGCACAGUGUGGUGUUUGUUUUACUCUUUGAAAACUUCUUCAAGAGGCCAGGUGGCCAUGGACCACCACUGCUUAGGUUGGCUAGUGCAACCCUCAAGCUACAGGCUGUUGGUGGUACAGGAAGAUGUCCUUCUGGCCCUGCAGUCUGGAGCCUCAGCUGCUAGCAGGUCUGUGCAGUUCAGUAGGUGUGGCUGGUUGGUUUGGUCAGAGUUCUGUUGUUUACUGAUUCCUGAGCAAUGUUGUGCUUUCUGCCGCAGCAGCCCUGUUGUUACCUGUCAGCUGGUCUGAUAAUACAUAGAACCUGGUGCAAGCUGUGCA